CAUGGUUUCAAAGUACAAACAGGUGACCUGUCAGUAGGAGACCAGACUGUUCUCUCCUUGUUAAUAAGAAGUGUAUUUGGUCUGUGUUGACCCUUUUUGUCUCUUACAAUGGCUGAGGGCGGUCUCCCUCCGGAACUGGACUUACACUUAAUGGAAUGUCCAAUCUGCCUGGAGCGACUCCAACAGCCUAAGUCCUUACCCUGCCUCCACUCCUUUUGUCAGGAUUGCCUAGGGACUUAUAUCACCAAGGAGAUGUCCGAGAAGAUGGCGUCCGCACCAUCAUUCCCGUGUCCAGUUUGUAGGAGGAUGACCCAUCCGGUUAAUCAGGCUGAAACCAAAGAUAAGUGGGCAGAACAAUUUCCGACUAAUACUAUGAUUAUUAACCUAAUCCAGCUUGUGAAAAGUUCGUCUGAACCAUUGUACUGCAAACCCUGCAAGACAAAAGGUAACCUGAACAACCCAGCCAGUUUUUGGUGCAAGACGAUGAACGAGAACUUUUGCGACUCUUGCAAGGUACAACAUCAUGAUAUCAUACAUAAUGACUGUGAUAUAAUGAAUGUCACCGGAAACUAUAGCAAACGACCAAAUAAGGAGAAGUCUGCCCCGCGAUGCUACACACACGACAAGAAAAUGGUUCGGUAUUGUGAGGAACACCAAUAUAUGUGCUGUAACGAAUGCGUGAUCGAAGACCAUAGGAAUUGUGGAAAAGUACCAAAGGUGACGGAAUAUUGUCAGAAGGUAAAAGCAGGAUCGCAGCUAGAAGACAUGCAGACGGCGUUGAAGAAAGGAACAGAGAGUAUGAACUUAUUAGUGAAGGACUUUGAUGAACAGCUUCAAACCAUGAUACAGAACCAGGAAUUCGCACUGCAGAGCAUCUCCGACAUGCGUCAAAAGGUCGAUAGACGACUUGACAAACUUCAGAAAGAUAUCACCGACGAGUUGAUUUCCUUGUUCAAAAAAGAAAAAGGAGACAUGGAGGCAGCAUCACGGCAGUGCGAACGUCUGAUGAACGGAAUGAAAAAUACUCUGAAGUCGUCCAUUAAAGCCGUACAGGAAAACGACAACAUUGAGACGGUAGUGCUGUAUCAGAGAGGACAGGCAGAAGUGGAGUCGUGUAAGACCCUUUUCAAGGAAAUCAGCAAGUCAUUCACAUCCGUCAUCAUCGAUCAUCAAAUUAUGGCCGGACAUGAUACCAUUAGUGAUAACACGAUGGGGAAGAUCGUCGUCGGGAAAACACCACGAUGUAUCCCCGGGUGUUAUAGCGAUUUAGAAAAACCAAUGUCAGAACGACGUGUGAAAAAAAUCGGAAAAUUCAGCAUCAAGUCCCCGUCAGAUACUAAUGAUUGCUCUGUCCGUGGUGUUGUGAACCUACCAUGUACCCAAAUAUUAGUAAGUGAUUCCAACAACCAAAAGCUGAAAUUGUUUACAGACAAAGGCCAGUACCUGGACGAGUUGACUGUUCGGGGAUAUCCCUGGGAUAUGUGUCUGGUGGACAACAACACGGUGGCGGUCGCUGUCGAGGUGCCUGGCGGUAUACGUGUCGUAAAGGUCAAGGCCUCAAAACUCUUCCUGGCAUCCGAGAUCAACAUGCCAAAUGAUGAAGAGUGUUAUGGUAUAACACAUACAGACGGGAGGUUUGUUGUGGGUACACAUGGAGGAGAAGUAUACAGUGUGACACAGAACGGAGCAGCUGCGUUGUUAUAUAAUUAUAUUUACUACUGUUGGUCUUUAACACAUGAUCCUAUAAAAGGUGACACACUUGUCAGUGUCAGUAACACCACCCCGGGGGACGUUGCGGUGUCUAGCUAGGCUGUCGGCUGACAAACGCCGUACGGAUGUGAUGAAGGUCGGUGUCGUGAGGGAUGCUAGGGGAAUAGACAUGGACAGGGAGGGUAACAUCUACGUGUGUGGUUGGCAAUCGAACAACAUCGUACAGAUGUCUAAGGACGGGACACACGUCAGGGAACUUAUGACGUCAUCAGAUGGAAUUAACUUUCCAUGGGCAAUAGCUGUUUGUGGUGACACAUUUGUGAUAACUAAUAAUAGUAGUACUGACGAGGAAAACUUUAUCUGUGUCUAUCAGCUGUACUAACUAAACUAAAGGAAAAUCAAUGUAUGCUGAACACUUAGGAUGUAGGUGUAUAUCGUAACGACAGAAUAAACACCGUGCAUAGAUUUAUAUACAUUUUACUUCAGCCAAUUAAGAGCAGGUGUAAACACGAAAGACACCAGUUUCUCAUAUGUUUAGCAAUGUUUUAGUGUGAUUGUGUAAAACCUAUAGCUUUACAACAAAGCAAAUCAAAUAAAAUCAAU